CUUUGCUGUCCAUCCGUCGAUCCGAAUAUAGGGUAGAGAGUGGUCGGCGAAUAGCAUCAGGCGUCGGCCAUUUCUGUCCAACUUCACUCUUUGACGGCUCGGGAAACAAUGUCUUCCAAACUUAUUCAGUCGUCUUCAGCUUUGUCCGCGAAGCUUAUUGAGCUAUUUCGCAACUUCAAAACGCCAGUAAUUCUGAAAUUAGUCUUCCGACGUGGUUGGCCGAGAUUUGUCCUUUCUUUGCUGCUUGGAAUAGCCGCGCUUCGGAAAUCCAACAGUCUUUUGAGCCAAGCAACUAUCAACAACUUCACUCAAGAUAAGUAUGACUGGCGAAGGGAGUUGGUGGUAGUUACCGGCGGAUCCGGAGGCCUGGGGGACAAGCUGGUACGCAAGCUAGCCAAAAAUUGCAUCAAAGUAAUCAGUCUCGACGUUGUUCCACCGAGGACUCCGCUGCCGUCGAAUGCGUACUUCUACGAAGCGGACAUCACAUCAAGCAAGUCAAUAAAAGAGAUCACAGGCCGAAUCCGUCAAGAUCACGGCGAUCCUACGGUUUUGGUGAACAACGCAGGCGUCAUGAAAAUAGCCUCGAUGCUAGACGAGACUGAGGAGCAAAUUCGCCACGUUUUUGACGUCAACAUCAUUGCUAGCUUCCUCUUGAUCAAGGAGUUCUUGCCCUCAAUGAUCCACAACAACCAUGGCCACGUGGUAUCAGUUGCGAGCAUGGCGAGCUUUGUGACGGGUGUAAAUAACGUGGACUACUCUUGUUCCAAAAUUGGCGUGCUAGCCCUGCAUGAGGGACUUGCCCAGGAGCUGAGGCACCGAUACAAGGCACCAAGAGUGCGCACGAGCAUCAUCCAUCCGACCUACAUAAGGACAGCUUUGAUCGAAAAGGUCCACAGCUCGGGUCCCUUCAAGUCAAAGAUACUUGAGCCGGAGCCGGUAGUUGAUGCCAUCUUCAAGCAGGUUGUCUCUGGUCGCAGUGGCCACGUUUACUUGCCAGGGGACUAUGCUAGAGCGGCAGGACUGCGCGCUUGGCCUCACUGGCUUCAGGAAAGUCUGAGAAAUGCGCAGAAGGACACACUUUUACAUUAAACCUGAACAGAGGUCCGAGGACUUAGGAUUGUAUGUAGGUCUUUGACAAAUGAACAAAGGAUGACAUGCAACGUUUUGCUUCUUUCUCUGGAUAGUGUCCCGCGGCUAAAGAAUUUUC